GUUUAUAAACAUUCAGAUGACUAAUACACUUACACAGUUCUAGUUUGUGCUUUAAUUGUUUCAUAUUUAGUUUGAUUUGUUACUUAUUAAUUAGCUUUUGGAAUGCCACGCACUAAGCCGACCAAGACUAUCGAUGUCCUGGGCAAUCUGGAUUUGCGGCCCGAGGAGGCGGUAGGCGACUACUUGGAGUCGAAGGCCCAGAAGAAGUACUUUAUCAAUUGUCCAAAUCCAGAUUCAGCGGGAGACUCAAUCGAACUCCUCUACAUACACAAUACACGGGAGCAUGAAGAAAUGCUGAAGCUGCAAGAGCAGAUGCUGGUCAACUCGAAGCGUCAGUCGGAAAUUAAUGAAAGGCGAGUCAAGCAUAUGUACAAGACACAGGAGGAGCUGAGGCAGCGCUUCAUUGAUGUGAACAGUUUCAUCAAGGACUGCGGGGAUAAGAAACGCAUCGCCGAAAAGGCCAUCAACGACGAGAUGGCGCUGCACGAAGAGCUCAGCGAGGACAUCAAAAACUUCAAGACCUCCAUUAGCGAGCUAACGACCUUUCGCGAGGCUCUCAAAGGCACAGUCGAGGAAUUGCAGCCCUAUGAAAAGGUGCUCGAAGAGGUUGUGAGCGUGUCCGACAUCUUUGUGUCGCCAAAGGAUUGCAUGGAUCGCUGCGAUGCACUUAUGUUGGCCCAAGUGGAGAUAAGCAAAUUGGAGAAUAAGAAGCUACAGGAGAUCGAGGAGAUGCGUCAGCAUAUGGUUAAGAUCACCAAUGAGGCGGCUCUCACUGUGCUGGGUCUCAAGAACGAUCUAUCCAAGCUGGAGCGAUCCUACCACGAGUCUCGGGAUAAGUGUAUAAAGUGGGAGAAGAUACUGUCGCAUACUAAAGAUGUUAUUUCUGCGUCUUACUUGGAGCGGGAGCGAAAUAUUGGCGCAAUUAAUGCUUUAUAUAUUCUGCUCUGUAGGCGACGUGGUUCAAUUUCAGAUGCGCCGAGUUUGGGUAUUGCUGGGGAAUUAGACUUCAUCAAGGAAGAGCUGCUGAUACUGAAUGAAUUGUUGAAGGAGUUCGAUAACGCGAAUAAAUCGAAUGGUAAAUCGCAGAGAAUGGAAAACAUGGAAGCUUACUGCUAGCAAGGCUUUCAAAUCUUCUUUGUUUUAUAUUUGCACUUAAUAAAUAAACAGG